AUGGAUCCUUCAGAGAUAAAAGAGAGAAUCGAUCGCUUUCGAAUCCUCAUCAUAGGAAGAGCGAACGCAGGAAAAACUACCAUCCUAAAGAGGAUUUGCAAUACCAAAGAGAACCCAGAUAUAUUUAAUGGUGCUGGGGAAAAGAUCGACGACGUCGAUGUUUUGAAGGAAUCCAGAGGGCGUGGAGUGCACGACAUCAAGAACGAGAUGGUGUUUCGAAAAAACCCAGGCUUCAUCUUUCACGAUUCACGCGGUUUCGAAGCAGGCGGCGAGUCUGAGUACGAUAAGGUGAACACAUUUAUCGCAAACCGCUCGAAGAGGAUAAAUAUCAAGGAUCGAAUUCACACUAUAUGGUACUGUAUCCCAAUGGAUCAAGCAAGCAGGGCGUUCACCGAAGCCGAACUCAAAUUUUUCUCCCGCUGUGAUACCGGAAGUAUCCCAGUGAUCGUUAUAUUUACGAAAUUCGAUGCCCUUUACGACGUUGAAUUCGCGCGAUUACUGAAGGAAGGAAAAUCGAGGACAGACGCUAAAAAACUGGCUCCGAAGCACGCCUGGAAGACAUUUGCGAACGGGUCGCAAUUGAAAUUUCUAUACCACUCCAAGGACAUUCGACGGCCACCAAAAUGUCACGUAUGCCUUCCUGACAUGGACAAGGAUGAUGCAGACUGUGGGCUACUCAUCGAGCGCACGGCUGAAACUCUGGACAGUGAAGUCCUUCAGCAAUUGUUCGUCUCAACACAGCAAACCAACUUGGAGAUCUGCGUGAAUUAUGCAGUACAUGGGUAA